ACUUAAGUUGAAAGGUUAUUUACGUCAUGGCUAAGAUGGCAGCCUCCAUGGUGCAGAGUGGAGAAGAUGCGUUUAGAAAAAUAUUCAAGUUUUACAAGAGAAGAAACCCUCCUCCGGAUUUCUGCGAUGUCAUUGACUUCUCUAGAGUUGUACCUAGUGACAAGGUGCUUCCACUUAAACUGGACCUUGCUGCAGUGAGUGAUGUGGAGGCUGCCAGGGUUGGAUUACAGCCUGUCAGAGACUGGAGAGCCUUCGGCCUAAAGGGCUACCCAGGAUUCAUCUUCAUUUCCAACCCUUUCCUGAGGGGCUCCCAACCAUUCUGGGUCAGACAAUGUCUGAAGGUCUAUCCUCAGAAGCCCAACGUUUGCAACCUGGACAUGCACAUGUCUCCCUCUGACACCCAGGACAUCUGGGGCAAGAGCGUACAUGGCCUCAGCUUUCCUCCUUCUGGAAACAGACAGCCAAAGACUCUACUGGAGAGGCUGCGCUGGGUCACUCUGGGAUAUCAUUACAACUGGGACACCAAGACUUACUCUGCCACCCACUGCACUCCUUUCCCAGCUGAUCUCCACAUGCUGUCCUUCCAAAUAUCAGCCGCCUGUGGGUUUCCAGGGUUCAAUGCAGAGGCUGGAAUCCUUAACUACUACCGAGCUGAUUCCUCUCUGGGAAUCCAUGUGGACGAAUCAGAACUAGAUCACAGCCGGCCACUGCUGUCAUUCAGUUUUGGCCAGUCGGCCAUCUUCCUCCUGGGAGGCACACACAGACAGGACCCCCCCACAGCUAUGUACAUGAACAGUGGCGACAUGAUGGUAAUGUCGGGACAGAGCCGCCUCCUUUACCAUGCUGUCCCACGCAUCGUCCCAGCACCACAGGGACAUACAACUUUAGAGAUGGAAGGCUGCAGCAUGGCUGCCUCCCUGCAAGCCAGCACAGUGGUGGAGUCAGUGUCAGAGGAAGACUGGGCGGUAUGCUCCAGAUACAUCCAGAGCUCCAGAGUGAAUGUGACUGUCCGACAGGUGCUGGCACCUUGGCAGAGCUUCCCAGAGACACCUUCUCCUCACCAAAGGACUGAUGCAGGACAGACUGUUGGGUACAGACAAGCAGAUGGUGAGAGUGGGAAGAGGAAGAGGAGUUGUAGCAGUGACUCUGACCACCUGGUGUAAAGCUCACAUAGCGAGAUGACA